UGAGAGACGCCUCCGUGAGAGACGCCGUUGACUUUGGGAAAGAUUAGUCCGUGUACCUCCGUUUCUUCGCGAUGAAACGUUAGUUAGUAGAGCAUCUUGCUUCGAUAUUGAGGCUGAGAAAUAGAAAACAACGAGCGUCUUGAUAACCGAAUGAGCAUGGAUUGGGGUGCAACGUUGUGUUAUCCUGUUUUCCUCUCUCUCGUCUGCUUACAAGCUUCCUCGGAUCAUGUGAUGCCGCCGACAAACUUGACCCUGGAAUGCCGAAAUCUGCACAACGUUCUGAAGUGGAGUUAUGAACAACCACUGACACCAGGACUUACAUUCGUUGUCAACAUCGGCUGUCUCUCAAACUGUCCGGAGAGCAUUACUGUGGAGCCCCCAGCUCUACAGGCUGACCUGUCAUUUCUCUCUCUACCAAGUGAAGAUUAUUAUGUCACGGUUAGUGCUGUGAUUGGAGAAGACAAGUCUGAUUCAUCUCAGGGAAUCGAGUUCAGCUAUUUCAAGGACUCUCUAGUCAGUAAGAAAUGUAUUGUGGACCUUCCCUCAGUGAACGUCACUGCCCAAAAGGAUGACUUUGUCCUUUUCCGCUUUGAGCAUCCCUGGCAGUUUCACAAACGGAAGACUGCUGGCAGCCCAAAGUCAGGAGGUAUGAAGAAAAGAAGCCAAGACUACGAGAUCGAAGAGCUACCCGAAUUUACGUACGACGUCAUCAUAAUGAGCCAGAAAGAUGAGCCCCACGGUUUCAGCUGUGUGGAGAUGGUCUGUGAGGAGAAGCUUCCUGUGGACGCUGCUCAGAAGAAACACUGUCUGAAGAUCACGGGACAGAUGAACAGAAUAUCUGUCGAAGCCACACAAGACUACUGCACCCUGCCGAUAGAAGAUAAAAACUAUUUAAUCUACUACAUCAUGGGCGGCGUGCUGCUCCUGAUUCUGUUGAUUGCUGUCCUCUUCAUGGUUUACAAAAAGAAGACCAAUCCUUCGUCCUCUAAGCCAGCAUUUUUGAACUUCUCUGGGGAGCGGGGGCAGUUCACAAGCAGGGCUGUCCCAGAGAGUGUCAUUGUGGCAGAAGUUGAGCCUUGCUCACCAUCACUUCUACUGCCAACCACAGACGAGACGGAUGUAUCACCUGUAACUUCCCCUGAAGACAACGACCUACGCCUACCCUUAGGUUUGGGAAGUCGGUUCAUUGAGGAUGAAGUAAUGUGUGAAGACGAGGAGGUACAGAAUCAUGAAGGCUCUGAAUACGCGCAAGGUGGACAGUUGGAAGACGACACACUUGAGUGCAGAGAGUUCCCCUCUGCUUACGAGAGACGUAUAGCCGUUGUUGAUUUAGCUCCAGGUGAACUGGCAGAGGGCUACCGUGGCUGAAGGUGGACCGGGUAGUCCCUAAGCAUUCAUAUGUUUGAGCAUUAAGUCACAUCCCUUUCGAUCAGGAAUCAUCCUCUUUUUAGUGCUCCUGACAUCAGUUAUGGUUUUCAUUCUAGUUACAAAAAUGCCAGAGCAAUACAAAAACAGCAUGUGUGAAAAAAAAAAAAACAUCCCUGCAAAGUGAUUAUUAAACCAGUUAAAUGGCCUUAAAGUUUUAAGAUUUAAAUAGAUCAAGUUUAUUGUCAUAAAAACUAACCUAUCAAUCGCUAGUGUAGUGAAAUUGUUUAAGUAUAACUUUGUUUGUGUGUAAUACACCAGUUGGAGUUCGGGCUAAGCAUUAGCAUGAGGUUUGUUUGUUUGGAUCCCCUUUAGCUUCAGCUUAAGCUGGAAGCUGUCUUCCUGGGGUCUGCAACAUACUGUGAUGAGUACAAUUUCAAACACACAUCACAUCUACAGUUAACUAUUAACAACAACUGACUCAAAAUAAUUGAAACAAAGUCAAAGAAAACCGACAUUACAACGGCUCCGACUGAAUCUGAUAUCUAAAGGACAAUGAACAUGUUAGCUUAAGAAAGCCCAUGGAACCAUCACAGCACAAAGAACAAGUGUCAAAUGCUGAGGUUUCUUCAUCGCAUCUUCAUCUCGUCCCUCUAAUGACAUUGUUUUAAAAAAAAAAAGUUUCCUCCAUCAUCACUUGCAGAAUAUAAAUGAGCGGAUUUCACUUAAACAGCAGGUCCUUUGAUUGUUAACCUUUUUAGCUUCAUCAUGUACAGACUCACCUUCCAAUCAGACCUAUAGCAAUGCUUAAAGGGACCUGACUGCGCUUCAUUUCCUGUUGUACAUAUCGAGAUACAAUGAUAGUAAUAAUUACAACAUUAACUUACUGUUUCAUCAUCUGUUCUGUUUCUCUUUGGCUAAAUAAUGAAUGUCCUCUUGCUUAUUUAUUUGCUGUCAAUCAAAUGGUUAAGUCAGGAUUUUUUUUCUCACAAGGCAUUUAUCUGAUUUAAUGGUUAUAUCUGGGCUGGUAGUUACAAUUGUGAUCCCAUUCAGUCUUUAGAAAUGUGAUUGGAUCCCUUCAAAAGUGCACUCUGCUUAGUGAGCCCAGAGUAAUACUGGACUGUAGAGGAUUGGAAGCCUCCACUCUCACAUGCUGCUAGAUCAGUACGAGGAGACAAAUUACAAAUGUUUUCAUCGGAAAUGUUAACAAAAUGUUUGCCAUCUAAAAUCCAUACAUUUUUAUUUUUAUAAACUAUUAUAGAAAGUAUUAUUUACAUAAUUUACAAAUAAGAGAUGAUCACGCAACUUCCAGUGAUACUAACUGGAAAAAAAAAUCUUUAUUUAAAGAAGCAUUAAGUGCAACUUAAAUCUUUUUUUAUAUGAAUCCUCUCAUGAAAUGAGAGGCCCCUCGUGCACUUAAGGAUAAAUGGAAACAGACUGUUAGACUUUGUAUUGAGCUCUGUCUCUAAACUUUGCAUUUGACUGUAGAGCAUGUUGUUUUGUAUUUACUUUUACUAAACAGAAAAAAAACCCAUCUUGUUUAUAUUCCUAAGUCUACACCACUGAUUGUCUGAAAACAAUGUGGCUGAAGUGAACUUACAUGGUUUCUAUUAUCAUUGUUAUUAGUAUUAUUAUUAAUGAAGCUGACUGAUGAGGUGUGGUUUUUUACUUUUGCAAACACUUCCCGUCCUCAUAUUUCAAUAUUGAAAAUCGAGAUCCCCAGUUGGAAUGAAUGUUUGGAUUUGAAAAACAGACACAGCCAUUAAACUAACACCUGAAUGCAUCUCUCAUUGUCUGAGCACCCCUGAAUGCAGCAUGCUAACAGCGCAUCCCCUGAGUAACGGCAGAGAGAGAGACCUGCCAAGAAGUCUGAAGUCAACUAAGCAGACUGCUUUAUUUUCUGAUGCCCCCCCUAAUAUAAUGGUAGGGGAAACACUGCACUUUAUUCUUUAACGUGUUACCUUGAGUCCUGUUUUUUCA